AUUUCUGUACUAUCAACAAUUGCUACUGUCCAAUGUCCAUUUAUCUCCAUUAGUUGAAGCACCAGAAAUUUUACAUAAUAUAAGGUACCACAAGUGCUACAAAUUACUUGUUCAUUAUUUCUUCCCUAGACUAGUCGUCAUUUCUUCGAUGGGUCGAUCUCCAUGCUGUGAUAAAGUUGGGCUGAAAAAAGGACCUUGGACACCCGAAGAAGAUCAAAAACUCUUAGCUUAUAUCGAAGAACAUGGUCAUGGUAGCUGGCGCGCAUUACCUGCCAAAGCUGGACUUCAAAGAUGUGGAAAGAGUUGCAGGCUCAGGUGGACUAAUUACCUAAGGCCUGAUAUUAAGAGAGGAAAAUUCACUUUACAAGAAGAACAAACCAUCAUUCAACUUCAUGCUCUCUUAGGGAAUAGGUGGUCGGCCAUAGCUACUCAUUUACCUAAACGAACAGAUAAUGAGAUCAAAAAUUAUUGGAAUACGCAUCUUAAGAAACGAUUAGUGAAAAUGGGAAUCGACCCGGUGACCCACAAGCCCAAGAAUGAUGCUUUGUUGUCCAACGAAGGUCAGUCGAAGAACGCGGCUAAUCUUAGCCACAUGGCUCAGUGGGAAAGUGCCCGACUAGAAGCCGAAGCUAGACUCGCUAGACAAUCCAAACUCCGGUCUAAUAGAUUCCAAAAUUUACUCACUUCUCAAGAAUUUACAGCCCCUUCACCUUCUAGUCCUCUUAGCAAACCCGUUGUGGGCCCAGCACGUUGUCUCGACGUGCUGAAAGCUUGGAACGGUGUUUGGACCAAGCCAAUGAAUGAAGUUUCCGUCGAGAGUGCUCAUGGUGACAUUUCAGUCACGGAAGCACUCGCGAGGGACUUGGAAUCUCCUACUUCAACACUAGGCUAUUUCGAAAAUGCACAACAUAUUUCAUCAUCAGGAAUUGGAGGAAAUUCUACAGUUUUGUAUGAAUUUGUUGGAAAUUCAUCAGGGUCUAGUGAAGGUGGAAUUAUGAAUAAUAAGGAAAGUGAAGAAGAAUGGAAGGGAUUUGGAAACUUAUCAACAGGACAUUUGCCUGAAUACAAUAAAGAUGUUAUUAAUGAAAAUUCAAUUUCAUUCACAUCAGGACUACAAGAUUUGACUCUACCAAUGGACACAACAUGGACAGCAGAGUCUCUAAGGUCAAAUACAGAGCAAAUUUCCCCUGCUAAUUUUGUGGAGACAUUUACUGAUCUAUUGCUUAGCAAUUCAGGGGACGGGGAUUUAUCGGAGGGCGGCGGCACGGAAUCCGAUAACGGAGGGGAAGGUAGUGGCACUAUAAAUGCUAGUGAGAACUGUGAAGAUAACAAGAAUUACUGGAAUAGUAUUUUUAACUUAGUGAAUAAUCCUUCCCCAUCUGAUUCAGCAAUGUUCUAAUUAGACUAGGUUUUUUUUUUACUAGUGAUUUUGAGUUAAUAAUUACUUAAUUAUUGUGUUGAUGUGUGUUACAACAAAUGACUAGUGUGGUGUGAAAUUUACAA